GGACAUAGUCGACCAUGCGAUCACGGCCGGGCUCCAAGCUGGCUUGUCGCGACGUUGGCCGAGGCGCUGAGAGUCGACACCAAAAGGCGAGCGAUUCUGGACUGCCGACAGGAGCUCAAAGCCCGCCGGCCACAUCUAAACUCGGGCGGAGUAAGUAUGUCAGCCCGAGGCAGGUCGGACUCUGCCUCGCAUGCUUCGGCGGCGAGGUAUACGCCUUUGCCUGCCCGUCAAAAUCCCGCUCGCACUGCAAGACCGGGCACAUCCAGGCGGCAUUCAGACCCGGCUCGAUCGGAUGAGAAAGGCUUCAUAGACCUGCUCGAUGUCAGUCGGUGGCAGAGGCACACCUGGCCGGUCAGAAUUGCGACUUUGCUCGGACUCGCAACGGCGCUACUCGUUGUGUGCAUGUGCUUUGUCCCCCUCAUCGAUACUCGGCGACUCGCUUUCUGGCGGAACGGCAGCUCAGUGAGAACGUACGACUGGGAAGAAGCGUACAGGUGGCAGGGAGAUGCAAGGAGCGCAUUGAAGCCGGUACCGUUCAUGCUCAACCGAUUUGGCGACUACAGCAGGGAUACAAAGCUACUGCGACCUACUAGCGUCGAGUCAGCAGACGCAUUGGCGACCAGCAGCGGCAAAGACCGCGCGGCUCUCAUCGUGCAGAGCUUCAAGUCUACCCAGGUCGACAGUAUCCCCAAGAUUGUCCAUUUCGUUCCGCCGGGCGGUGACAAGUUCACGUUUGUCCACUACCUCGCCAUACGCUCUGCUGUACAUCACAUCGAGCCAACGAGGAUACUGGCGCACAUGAUGCAUUCACUCGCGCAGCCAGGCGUCAACUUCUGGUGGGACGAGGCGCGACAGUACGUCGAAGUCGUACAGACAACCAGACCGACACAGAUCAUGGGUCAACCCAUUGAGAAGCCUUCACAUAUGGCCGAUGUCAUUCGCAUGGAAGCGCUGCUCAAAUAUGGCGGCAUCUAUCUCGAUUCCGACGUGAUCGUCACAAGAUCAUUCGACGAGCUGCUCGACGAGGACGUCGUGCUGGGCAUCGAAGCUGCACAUGGCUCGAUGCAACCGCACUUUGAGGUCGAAGGACUCUGCAACGCUGUCAUGAUGGCCAAGCCAGAGGCUCCCUUUAUGCGCAAUUGGUAUGAGGAAUACCGGACGUUUGACAAAGAUCAAUGGAAUUACCACUCGGUGCAAUUGCCAUGGAAGCUCGCAAAGAAUGCCACGACGAGGCAUACACGGGUCACCGUCCUAGACCACCGAGCACUCUUCUUCCCGCUCUGGGACGAUCAUGGACUGAGAUGGGUUCACGGCACACUUCAUCCGCCGGCCAAUGCCACCCUGAACGCAACGAACGAUCCGGAAGAGCUGCAGCAUGGCAUGCGCGCGCCCGAGUCACCCGGCUGGUCUUUCAAGCAUACCGAGCAAUUCGCCUACCACAUGUGGCACCAUAUCUUGCGAGCGAGAAUAGGUUGGGCGACCGGGGGCGACCUUCCCCAGGAACACAUGCUCGAUCCAGACGAUAUCAUCCAUCGCGACAGCAGCUACAACAGGAUCGUGAGGGACUACCUCGACGAUGACAUCAUGCAACGAUGGCACGCUUUUGUUGCUAUGCGUGAACGGCAACGACGGGAUCUGGCAGCGCAAGAGAACGCGACCGCGUCUGAUCCAUGACCCCCCUUGUGCGCGUAGAGUGUCUGACAUGUACCUGUUGAGUGUGUUGCUUGCAAUUGUUUUUUCCAGCCAAAAUUACGGCUGGUCGCAAAUGCCCGGGGUCAUGCUAUGUUCGCGAGAGAUGCAUCCGGACUU